AUGCGUUUCACAACUUCAGUCAAGUACGCGCCUGGAGGGCACGGGUAUGAUAUAACCUUGAAUUAUCCUGAGUUCAAGGCCAUUCGCUAUGAAGAUGAAGACAAGGAAUUUAAGCCUAUAGAACUCUCUUCUACCGAGAAACAUUGGAAUCCAGAAGUGAUGGUCAAACCUUAUGGAGGACGUGUUUGGGUCUACCAGAAACAAUACCAGUUUUCGGCCAGAAUCAUAGGCCGCGACUCACAACUUCCCAUGGAUGUUAGAGCGCCCCUUCUUAUCGAUGCCUACGAAUUGAUGGUUACACGUGAAGCCCUACAAGGCUCAACACAAAUCACUGCUGAUGCCAUAUAG